AUGUCUAUCUCGCCCAGACCUUUCAUAUGUAUACUAUCUCCCAUAUUACUCACUUUUUUAUUCUCACUCACUCUCUCUCUCUCUUUUCUAUCUCUCUCAUUCUAUCUUCUCUUUGUCUCACUCUCUCUCUUCUCUCUCUUACUCUCUCUUCCCUCUCUCACUAUCUCUCUCACUGUCUCUCUUCUCUCUCUUACUCUUCUUUCUCUCUUUGUAUCUCUCUCUUCUCUCUCUUCUCUCUCCCCUCCUCUUUCUCUCACUUUUCUCUCUCUCAUUCUCUCUUCUCUCUGUCUCCUCUCUCUUACUCUCUCUCUUCUCUCACUAUCUCUCCUGUCUCUCUUCUCUCUCUCACCCCUCUCUCUCUCUCUUCUCUCUUCCCUCUCUCACUAUCUCUCUCACUGUCUCUCUUCUCUCACUUACUCUUCUUUCUCUCUUUGUCUCUCUCUUCUCUCUCCCUCCUCUUUCUCUCUUUUCUCUCUCUCUCAUUCUCUCUUCUCUCUGUCUCCUCUCUCUUACUCUCUCUCUUCUCUCACUAUCUCUCCUGUCUCUCUUCUCUCUGACCUCACUCUCUCUCUCUCUCUCUCUCUUCCCUCUCUCGCCAUCUCUCUCACUGUCUCUCUUCUCUCUCUUACUCUUCUUUCUCUCUUUGUAUCUCUCUCUUCUCUCUCUUCUCUCUCCCUCACUCUUUCUCUCACUUUUCUCUCUCUCUCAUUCUCUCUUCUCUCUGUCUCACUCUCUCUUACUCUCUCUCUUCUCUCACUAUCUCUCACUGUCUCUCUUCUCUCUGACACACUCUCUCUCUCUACUCUCUCUUACUCUCUCUUCUCUCUCUCACUCUUCUUUUUCUCUCUCUGUAUAAUUUUCUCAUUCUCUCUUCUCUCUGUCUCACUCUCCCUUACUCCCUCUCUCUUCUCUCACUACCUCUCUCACUGUCUCUCUUCCCUCUGUCAGUCUUCUUUCACACUCUCUCUCUUAUCACGUGACAACGUUCAUUACAUCCAUAUAUAA